GAAGUUUUAAUUACCAUCCUAUUACCUUUCUUUUUCCCGCAGCAGGUUCUGGGUAGUUUGCCCCUGUGGCGCAAUGGAUUGUGGGUGUCAUUUUUUUAAUUGUACGGGCUCUUAUUUUUCUGUUAGCUAAGGGAGGUCCUUUUUAGCAGUGAAUGUGCCUAUUUACUUGGAAGUAGGCCUCAGAAUUCAUUGGGACCUACUCCAAAUGUACAGCCACCAUGAAUUUUGAAGGCCUUGACCCAGCACUUGCAGAAUAUGUUCCUGCACUCCACCCUGCUUUGGAUCCCCACCUCAACCCUAGCCUACUACAGAAUGUGGAGCUGGAUCCUGAAGGGGUACCACUGGAGGGUAUUCCUGUACCUGACCCAGUGCACAUCAUGGAAGGCAUGUACUCAGAACUCCACACUGUAGUCUCUGAAGUGGGUGUACCUGUCUCCUUCUCACACUUUGACCUACAUGAAGAGAUGCUGUGGAUUGGUAACCAUGGGGGUCAUGCCACCUCUUUCUUUGGCCCAGCCCUGGAACGUUAUUCGUCUUUCCAAGUACACAGCAGUGAUGACAUUCGACAGAUCCAGAGCUUGGAGAACGGAGUGCUCUUCUUGACAAAAACCAACCUCAAAUACAUGUCCAGAGGAGGCCUCAUAAUCUUUGAUUAUCUCAUGGAUGAAAGUGAAGACAUGCACAGCCUUCUGCUGACUGAUCCCACCACUUUGCUUAUUGGGGGACUCACCAAUCAUGUGAUAGAGAUAGAUCUCAGUACAGUGCAGGAGACCCAGAAGUAUACGGUGGAAGUACCUGGAGUCACUAUCAUGAGGCAGUCAAACCGUUUCUUCUUCUGUGGCCACACUUCGGGAAAGGUGUCUCUGCGUGACCUUCGCACUUUUGCUGUAGAGCAUGAGUUUGAUGCCUACUCAGGUAGUCUGUCGGAUUUUGAUGUCCAUGGCAACCUGUUGGUGACUUGCGGCUUCUCCAGCCGAAUGAAUGGCCUCGCCUGUGAUCGUUUCCUCAAAGUGUACGACCUGCGCAUGCUACGAGCCAUCACACCUCUGCAAGUCCACAUCGACCCUCUGUUUCUGAAGUUUAUUCCUACCUACACAUCUCGCUUGGCUAUCAUCUCCCAAACAGGUCAGUGUCAAUUCUGUGAACCCACCGGAUUGGCCAACCCUGCAGACAUCUUCCACGUCAAUACAGUGGGCCAACUGAUCAUGAGCUUUGAUGUGUCAGCCAGCAAGCAGGCUUUGGUCUUUGGAGACUCAGAGGGCUGUGUCCACCUCUGGGCUGACUCACCUGAAAUCACCUUUAAUGCCUACUCCCGGGAGACUGACUUCGCCUUGCCUUGCAUGGUGGAUACCUUGCCCCACCUGGACUGGAACCAGGACCUCAUGCCCUUAUCGCUUAUCCCUGUGCCGCUAACCACUGAGUCCUUGUUGUCAGACUGGCCAGCUGCCAAUUCUGGCCCUGCACCCAGACGAGCCCCACCCGUUGACCCAGAGAUUCUUCGUACCAUGAAGAAAGUUGGCUUCAUCGGGUAUGCUCCAAACCCGAGGACCAAGCUUCGAAACCAGAUUCCUUACCGACUGAAAGAACUCGACAAUGAGUUUGACAGUUUCAACCAAGUCCCUGAAUCUCCCAUUGGACGGGAGGAAGAGCCGUAUGUCUAUAUGGUGGCAAAGAAAUACAGGAAGGUCACCAUUAAGUAUUCCAAGCUGGGCUUGGAGGAUUUUGACUUCAAACAUUACAAUAAGACUCUCUUUGCUGGCCUGGAGCCCCACAUCCCAAAUGCUUACUGCAACUGCAUGAUCCAGGUGCUGUAUUUCCUAGAGCCUGUGAGGUGUUUGGUUCAGAACCACCUGUGCCAGAAGGAGUUCUGCCUGAGCUGUGAAUUGGGUUUCUUAUUUCACAUGCUGGAUUUGUCCAGGGGGGAUCCUUGUCAGGGCAGUAACUUCCUCCGUGCCUUCCGCACCAUUCCAGAGGCAGCUGCUCUGGGUUUGAUCUUGGCUGAUUCAGAUGAGGCAACAGGGAAAGUGAAUCUUGGCCGCUUGAUUCAGAGUUGGAACCGCUUCAUCCUGACUCAGCUUCAUCAGGAAACUCAAGAGCAGGAAGGCCCUCAAGCUUACCGGGGCAUUGGCAGCAGCAACUUUGGAUCUUCAGGGGACUCGGUCAUUGGGCAGCUCUUCAGCUGUGAGGUGGAGAAUUGCAGCAUGUGUCGCUGUGGCAAGGAGACUGUCCGAGUGUCUUCUACACUCCUCUUUACUCUCUCCUACCCUGACAGCAAUGAUAAAAUCAAGGAUUAUGAAUUUGCCCAGAUCUUAAAGAGAAGCAUCUGUCUGGAACAGAAUACACAGGCUUGGUGUGAAAAUUGUGAGAAAUACCAGCCCACGGUCCAGACACGCAAUAUCCGCUGCCUUCCUGAUGUUUUAGUCAUUAACUGUGAAGUGAACAGCUCCAAGGAAGCAGAAUUCUGGAAGAUGCAAGCAGAGUAUGCCUUUAAGAAGCUGAUGAUGAAGAAGGGUGGUCUUGAACUCUCCAAGAGUAGAGAAAUCCCUCUUGGAGAAUGGAAUGAAUUAGGAAUUGCAGAAGGGGGCAACACUUAUACUUCCAUUGAGGAGCUGAAGAACAUCUGGAUUCCUUAUUCCAUAAAAAUGAAGCUGUCCAAGAAUAAGGAGCUGGAAGUUUACAACUGGGAUGAAAGCUCUGAACUAAGUGUGCUGGAUGAUCAGGAGUCGACGUAUGUCUAUGAUCUCAUGGCAACUGUUGUGCACAUCCUGGAUUCCCGCACCGGGGGCAGCCUAGUGGGGCACAUAAAAGUGGGGGAGACCUACCACCAGAGAAAGGAGGGAGUCACGCAUCAGCAGUGGUACCUUUUCAAUGAUUUUCUCAUUGAGCCUGUGGACAAGUGUGAGGCUGUGCAGUUUGACAUGAACUGGAAGGUGCCUGGUAUCCUUUAUUAUGUGCAACGGAACCUCCACUCAAAGUACAAUUUAAACAUUAAGAAUCCCAUUGAAGCCAGUGUUCUGCUUGCUGAGGCCUCCCUUGCUCGCAAACAGCGCAAAUGUCAUGCCACUUUUAUCCCACUUAUGCUGAAUGAGAUGCCGCAGGCCGGAGACCUGGUGGGACUGGAUGCUGAGUUUGUCACCCUCAAUGAGGAGGAAGCUGAGCUUCGCAGUGAUGGGACCAAAUCCACUAUCAAGCCCAGCCAGAUGUCGGUGGCCAGGAUCACAUGUGUGAGGGGGCAGGGCCCCAAUGAGGGUGUUCCCUUCAUCGAUGACUACAUUUCCACGCAAGAACAGGUGGUAGAUUACCUCACUCAGUACUCAGGCAUAAAACCAGGUGAUCUGGAUGCCAAAAUUUCUUCCAAGCACCUCACAACCCUGAAAUCCACGUACUUGAAGUUACGCUUUCUCAUUGAUGCGGGAGUCAAGUUUGUGGGUCAUGGGCUGCAAAAAGACUUCCGGGUCAUCAACAUCAUGGUGCCCAAGGACCAAGUCAUAGAUACUGUGUACUUGUUCCACAUGCCCAGGAAGAGGAUGAUCUCACUGCGCUUCCUUGCAUGGUACUUCUUGGACUUGAAGAUCCAGGGGGAGACUCAUGACAGCAUUGAAGAUGCCCGCACAGCACUCCAGCUGUACAGGAAGUACAUGGAGCUGAGCAACGGUGGCUUAGAGCCGGAGGAGUUCCGCAAAGUGCUGAAGGGUCUCUAUGAGAAAGGGAGGAAGAUGGACUGGAAGGUGCCUGAACCAGAAGGCCAGAGCAGUCCUAAAAGUGCUGCUGUGUUCUCUACCGUGCUGUCUCUUUGAUCCAAGAAGACCUCUCUACAUACAGCUUUUUGCCUGUGCUUUGGAGAGAAUGAUCUAACACCUGAUCCUUGGCCUGUGGCUAUUCCAGAACAUGGAUUAGGAUAUAUAUGUGAAUGAGAAGGGAAAAGACUGUUGUUAAACAUCAGUCUGCACAUUCCUCAAGGGCCUAGAGACUUCCACUGAGGUAUGGCUGACCCCAGUUUACUGGCCAAACUCUUGAGUCUCAGACUAAGAGAGCACAUGAGGUGGUUCCCUUUGCUGACCACAUAGGGGUGCAAUUACACUAGAAGCGCUGGUCGCUAGUUUGGAUGCUCUAUAUAUAUGUAGCACAAGAGAGGAAUUGCUUAUCUUCCAGCCCAGCAGUGCACUCACUCUCUGGCUAUUCUAGCAUAUGUUUUAUAUUUAAAAGGACAUUGUGAACCAUGCCUGUGAAUUGCUUAGUUGCCCUUCCUUCCCACACACAUCAAUUUAUUGCCAGAGUUUUCUUUGCAUAUCAGGCAACUCCAGCCAGAUAAGAUUUCAGUAAUGGUUCCUGUACUAUCCCCACAAGCAAAUCCUAAAUGAGAUGUCAUGUACAGUCAUUGACACUUUCUGUCUCUUCUGUAGCUGGUCUGCAGAAAAUAGCAGAAAGCUGGCUGAGUUUGUAGGGAUGGCACCUGUUAAACCUCCAGCUGAGAGCUGCUCUUUGAACCAUCCAGAGCUGGGCUUUACCCUCCAUAGAAGCCCUGUGAUUUUAAAACUCUUGCUUUUUUCUUCUGUGAGUUGUGGUCAUGGAAUCUUUGAAAUGAAAUCAAGUCAUAAAGCAUUAAGUCAGCUUUCAAACAUGAUUUUGAAGUUUUGCCUUUCCUUGCUUGAUGCUCUGUUUUUGUUUUAUUACAUUGUGCUGAUAUAAGUAGAAUGCUAUUUAUGUACAUAAUCCCAUUUUUUAACUCCUGGUAAAACAGAACCAUUGGUGCCCUGUCCCCACAUUGAAUAAUUGACCAGAAAACGGGUUAUCAUACUAGUCCUCAUGAAAUUCCUGGGUUCAGAUCCUAAUUUUGCCAUGAAUUUUCAGUGCCAUGCAAAUCUUUGAGACUAGGCAGCCAUUUGUGUGUGUAUAAAAUAAUUUCCUUAGCUAUAAAUUGUGUGUAGCGGUUUUCAGGAUUGAUGUCUUAGGGCCUAAUACAGAAUAUGGGAGUGUGUUUAUUUGGGAUACAGAGAAAGGGUAGAAAGCAACUAAAGCAUCAUUAAUAUAAAUAAACACAAACUUCGCUAGGUACUUCUAUAAGCAGUAUUCAAGAACCUGCUAUUAUUUAUGAUGUACAGUCGCUCAUAGCUUAGGAUUCAUAAGCUACAACUAGAGUCCAAAUUUAAAUGCUGGGUCACCAGUCUGUGGCACAGGCAAUGGGAAUUCGUGACUGUGCCAAAAAAUAAAUAAAUCCUGUAGUAGCUUCCCAUUGCUACCUACUCAGUGACUCAGUCUAAACAACCCCCAGAGCACUUGAGGCUGUAUAAUAAACAUUCCAGAACGAUUCUCCCUUUAUAUUUUGGGUUUAACUAGCCAUGUUUUCCAAAAUGAAUUGGCCCCCACCAAAUUAUACUAUUCAUACACUGAUUGAUAAAUCAAUCGAGAUGGUGUUGAAAUGUCAGGAGUUUCUUCCUGUGAUGGAACAACAUUUUUUGUUGUUUUGAGAUAAAUCCCCAGCACAUCAAAGAUUGCUCCACAGAUUCCAAUAGAGCAGGAAACAGAAGUUGCCCAAAAGCUGGCUCACACCCAGUUGUUUUUUCAAUCGCAAUAUGCUUCCUUCCAGAUGGAUAAGUGCUCAUACAUGUGGUGAUUGCUAAGAAGUGGUUAUGUCAUGAUGAGUAUUCUCUUCUUAUCCCAUUUGCCCUGAAUAAGUAACAAAAGCAUUUGAGAAGCACAGUUAACUUACCCACUGGCUGCUUUGAACUCUGCAAGUGAUACAAAGUCCCAGGCCUCUUUGGCCAAAAGGCUUGAAACAAAACCCAACCUCCAAUAUCAUCCUUGUGAAAAAAUAAGCUUUUCCACCUUUCCAAUUUGUAUUGAGACAUGGGGGAGAGAGAGAAAGAGGGAGCUGCAGUUGGUCAUAUUUAAUAUGAAGAUGUGAGUUUGCCCAUUCCUAGUCCAGUAACUUUCCCCAUCUUAUGGAUGGCUCAGUAAACAAGGCAGAGCUAAAGUAGAGGCAGGUUUUUUUUUCUAAUUUGCGUGUACCAGUUGAUACUCGUGUCUCUAUUUAUUAAUAAAAAUACAUUUUUCCCA